AUGUCCAAUGGCGGCGCCGGCACGAUCCAGAGCUCCAAGAAGGCCCAUCCGACCUUUCACUUCUUUGCCGGCUUGACAUCUGGCGUGUCCAGCGCCGUGCUUUUGCAACCGGCGGACUUGCUCAAGACCCGGGUGCAGCAAUCCCAUUCCUCCUCUCUCGUACCCGUCCUACGAUCGAUCCUUUCCGGGCCACAUCCCAUCGCCAGCCUCUGGCGAGGCACCCUCCCCUCAGCACUACGCACCGGCUUCGGCUCCGCACUCUACUUUACCUCGCUCAGCUCGCUGCGCCAACUUCUCGCGAACAAGACCGCGGCGGCGACGUUUGGGAAUGGCGGAGCAGCAGCAGUUUCGCCGGGCAAGAGCAGUUCCGUGCUGCCCAAGCUGUCGAAUACGCAAAAUCUCAUCGCGGGGGCGACAGCGCGAGUGUUUGCGGGCUUUAUACUCAUGCCGGUGACGGUGAUCAAAGUGCGUUACGAGUCGGAUCUGUACGCGUACAAGUCCAUCGCGUCGGCGUCCCGCUCCAUCUAUGCGUCGGAGGGUCUGAAGGGAUUCUUCUCAGGGUUCGGUGCUACCGCCGUUCGCGACGCACCGUAUGCGGGACUUUACGUGCUAUUCUAUGAGCAGUGCAAGACGCAUCUGAACAAGAUGUUCGCGGCGGAGCAGACAACUGCGCUCGACGGAUUAGAAGGGCGGCCUUCGAUUGCGAGUUCAGCCACCAUCAAUGCCUCGAGUGGUGUUUUGGCCGCAGGAUUGGCGACUAGCAUGACCAAUCCGUUCGACGCGGUCAAGACGAGGCUGCAGCUCAUGCCGCAGAAGUAUGGCAAUACUUUGAAAGCCACGCGGCUGAUGCUCAAGGAGGACGGCGUCAAGGCGUUCUUCGACGGAUUGGGCCUGAGGAUGGGGAGAAAAGCGUUGAGCUCUGCCCUGGCAUGGACCGUGUAUGAGGAGCUCGUCGGCAGAGCUGAGCGAUUUAUCGCAAGGCGCGAGGAGGAGAGAGCAAUCGUCUCGACGACACUCUGCCGUCGCUACCUCAUCUCCGAAGGUCGUACUACGAUCCACAAAUCGGACAAGGACUCCAGUCCAGCAACCUCAGAUGCUCACCAGCCGUGCUCACCCUUCUACCUCGAGACAGGCUACUCCAUCUUUGCCAAAAGGCCCUCCCGCCCAUUCCCACCCCCGUUUGUGUCUCUGCCGUCCGGCUCCUUUUCAGACCCACUCACCACACACAAUCCCUCCUCGAUUCCCCGCAGCGCUCGUCGACCAAAAGUGAAUGGUCAACCCAUCCGGGGAAUCACAAACGGGGACGAUGCAAUCAUUAUUGGCGCAGACCAGAGGUUCAUCGCUGUGAAUGACGGAGUCGGUGCCUGGGCGCAGAAGGAACGUGGCCACGCUGCACUGUGGUCGAGGCUGAUAGCGCAUUUCUGGGACGUCGAGGUCCAGAAGUCGUUGGUGAAAGGGGGAGAUGCGAACGCCCACGAGGUCGAUCCUGUCAAGAGCUUGGAGACGGCAUUCGAUGCCACCAAGAAGGCCACAAAGGGCACGUUCAAAAGAGAUCCGGACCAGGAAGUCUACUCGGAGGCUGACGAGGGUGAAAGUGACGAUAGCGACGGCUCGUCCCCUGGCGGCACGCCCACGUCGUCAUCAUCCUCCAAGGAGUCCCCAGAGGCAAAGGAGUCUUCCAAGAACGACAUUCUCGGCACGACCACCGCCUCGUCGGCUCUGCUAUACCACAAACAAGGGGCCUCGGGAUCCACGCCAGUUAUCCUGGCCACAACGCUGGGGGACUGCAAAGUCCUUGUGAUCCGCCCGUCGCCAUCUGCAGCCCAAUCUCCUUCGACCUCGUCGUCGGGUUCUGACUCGGACUCGGACUCCGAGACCAGCGGCGGGACCAUUCUUUACCACUCCAAGGAACAGUGGCAUUGGUUCGAUUGUCCUCGCCAACUAGGCACAAACUCCCCCGACACCCCCACGGGCAACGCAGUCUGCGAUACCAUUGAAGACAUCCAAGUCGGCGACGUCGUCGCCGUCCUGAGCGAUGGCGUGACGGAUAAUCUAUGGGAGCAUGAAAUUUGCGAGAACAUCUGCGAAAGUAUUCGCCAGUGGAACGAUUCUGCGGCCUCAUCAGCUACCAGCGAUACCGGGAAACCAAAGCAAAACGGCUAUGCAAACGACGACGGAGACGCCAAAGACGGCAUCGUGUACGUGGCGCGAAGGUUGAUGAACGCGGCGAGAGAAAUCGCCAUGGAUCCGAACGCCGAGAGUCCGUACAUGGAACGUGCCUUUGACGAGGGUAUAGCCGCCGAGGGAGGCAAGUUGGAUGACAUUAGCGUUGUCAUUGGGAUUGUAAGGAAACGGGAAGGGAACGAAUGA